UCAGAGUUAUUAUUAUCACUCUGUGUCAUUUCGAUCCAUCUGUCUACGUUGGUAUGUUUGUCUCUCUCGGCCCGUUUCCCUCCUACCCGAUCCCACACCCAAAGAUACCCCCAAAAUAGUCUCCUGGAAAACCACUGUGUCCCAAGGGGGAGGGUAAGAGAAGAGUCUAGCUUACUUGGGUCCCUGGGGCUCCCCCCAGGGCUGGAAACUCCAGGUUGCCCUAGGGAUCUCAGGGGGUAUGACGCACAGCACUUGGGCUGGCUGGAUCUCCUGACCACCCAUUUUACAGCUCUCCUCUGAGAGAGAUGGGCCAAGACCAGGGACAGGGAAAGACCUAUCUGGAAGCAGGAAGGCUCACUUGGAAUGCUCGGGAAGUGCACCUGCCCGGGGGAGGGCCCGCCAGGGCCGCAGGCACAUGACUUGCCCCAGUCCCCGGGAGAUCGACAAGGUCAUGGCCUCCAUGACGCUGGGCCCCCUCAGCAGAGGCUGCAGCCUGGAUGAAUUACUGGAGAAAUGCAUCCAUUCCUUUGACACUGCCGGCGGACUGUGCCGAGGGGACCACAUGCUCAACAUGGCCUUGACCAUGCACAGCUGGGUGCUGUCCUCAGCUGACCUCGCCCAGCGCCUGCUCAGCAUGUACCAGGAGGCUAAAGGAGACCGACAAGAGCAGAGACGCCUGCAGAUCUGCAACCUAGUCAGGUACUGGAUGGGGCAAUACCCCGAGGCCCUGCACCUGGAGCCCCACCUCGACGAAAUCCUCAGCAAGUUCUGGGAAUUGGUGAGGCAGGAGGGCAAUGCAGCCCAGAGAUGCCUGGGGACCCCGACUUGGAGUCUGAGUCCCCCAGAGGGACCCGUUCCCCCACCCAACAGCCCAGGGCUGGGGAAGAAACGCAAGGUGUCCCUCAUCUUUGACCACCUGCAGACAGGGGAGCUGGCAGAACAUCUCACGGACCUGGAGUUCAGGGCUUUCCGGGCAAUCACGCCUCAGGACCUGCGGGGCUAUGUACUCCAUGGCUCAGUACAAGGUUGUCCAACGCUGGAGGGCUCUGUAGGGCUCACCAACAGCGUGUCCAGAUGGGUACAGGUCAUGGUUCUGAGCCGGCCCAGCCCAUCGCAGAGAGCCCAGGUGCUUGACAAGUUCAUCCACGUGGCCCAGAGGCUGCGGCAGCUGCAGAACUUUAACACACUCAUGGCGGUGACUGGUGGCCUGUGCCACAGCGCCAUCUCCCGGCUCAAGGAUUCCCACGCACACCUGAGCCCCGACAGCACCAAAACCCUGCUGGAGCUGACAGAACUCCUGAGCUCCCACAACAACUACGCCCUCUAUCGGCGGGCGUGGGCUAGCUGCUCAGGCUUCCAGCUGCCCAUCCUGGGCGUGCACCUGAAGGACCUGGUCUCGCUGCACCAAGCCAUGCCGGACCGCCUUCCGGACGGGCAGCUCCACGUGGCCAAGCUCAACAGCCUCUACCUUCGGCUGCAAGAGCUCAGAGCUCUCCAGGCCCAGAGCCCGCCUGGUGGAGUCAACCAGGACCUGCUGCAUCUGCUCACGCUGUCCCUAGAUCUCUUCUACACCGAAGAUGAGAUUUAUGAACUUUCCUAUGCCCGGGAGCCCCGAUGCCCCAAGACUCUGCCCCCCUCCCCCUUCAAAGCACCCCUUGUAGUAGAGUGGGCCCCCGGAGUAGCCCCCAAGCCUGACAGGAUCACCUUGAGUCGACAUGUGGAACAGUUGGUGGAGUCUGUUUUCAAGAACUAUGAUCCAGAAGGCCAGGGCACCAUCUCGCAAGAAGACUUUGAACGUCUGUCCAGUAGUUUUCCCUUUGCCUGCCAUGGUCUCCACCCACCUCCUCGACAGGGUGAUGGUCCCUUCAGCCAGGAGGAGCUGACGGCUUACCUGCUCCGGGCCAGUGCCAUCUGUGCCAAGCUGGGCCUGUCCUUUCUGCACCCUUUCCAUGAGGUCACUUUCAAGAAGCCCACAUUCUGUGGCAGUUGCAGCGGCUUUCUCUGGGGAGUCACCAAGCAGGGCUACCGCUGCCGGGACUGCGGGCUCUGCUGUCACAGACACUGCAAGGAUAGAGUUGAGGUCGAGUGCAAGAAGAAGGUGGGAGCCAGUUCUCCUGGGCUCCCUCCACCACAGGAAGUCCCCACCACUGGUUCUGAAGAGAGCUCCCCUUACCCAUCACCUCCUGGGACCCAAAAGAGAGCCAAUCUCCGUCAUGCCUGGACCCAAACUGAGUCUACCCUGAAUGGGGCCACCUCAGACAAGGCCGCUACCCCCUUGCUAUAGGAGACACAACUGGGCGUCUCUGCCCUCGGGGCCUUCCAUGUGCCCACAGGAUCCCAGACUUCAGGUGCUGGAGCUAACGUGGAGCUGGAUGGCGCUGACUCAACAUGGAAGCCAGUGAUUUUGAAGACAAAACCCAAAACCUUAUCCUUGUUUUCCCCCCUCCCCAUCCUGCCAUAGGCAAAAACACGGGAUGCAGAUAUUGUAAAUUAAAUCUAUUUUUCCAGAAA